AAGCCCCAGCCUGCCAGCACCGGUCCAGCUCCCCGCCCGGCAUGGCAUCUCUGCUGCCCGUCUGGACUUUGCCCUCGAUCCUGGUUUUGCUGGCUGCCCUGGCCCCAGGGGCUGCAGACUUCAACAUCUCAGGUCUCACUGGCCUGCUGUCCCCGGCGCUAACGGAGAGCCUGCUGGUUGCUCUGCCCCCCUGUCACCUCACGGGAGGCAACGCCACGCUGAGGGUCCGCAGAGCCAAUGACAGCCAAGUGGUGAAGUCCAGCUUCGUGGUGCCUCCGUGCCGCGGGCGCAGGGAGCUGGUGAGUGUGGUAGACAGUGGGGCUGGCUUCGUGGUCACUCGGCUCAGCGCAUACCAGGUGACAAAUCUCGUGCCAGGAACCAAAUACUACGUUUCCUACCUGGUGGCGAAGGGGACAUCCGCCGAGUCCAGCAGAGAGGUCCCAAUGUCCACGCUUCCUCGAAGGAACGUGGAGUCCAUUGGGCUGGGAAUGGCCCGCACAGGGGGCAUGGUGGUCAUCACCGUGCUGCUCUCCGUCGCCAUGUUCCUGCUGGUUGUGGGCUUCAUCACGGCCCUGGUACUGGGCGCCCGCAAGUGAGGAGGCCAGCCCCGCCCAGCCCAGGCUCCACCCCUUCCCCAGCCUGGCUCCUCCCAGGCCUCAGGGAGCAGCCUCUGGCUCCCUCGGUGCCCUCACCUCCCUCCUCUGGGGUCUUUGAUCCGCUAAAAGCCAUGUUCCUUCCCAG